CCGGCGGCGGGCGGCGGGACGCACGGGGCGGCCAGGGGCCGGGGAGGCACCGGCCAGCGCCAUGGACCUGAUAUCAGCGCUAAGCCUGGGAGAGCUAGCGCUCAGCUUCUCGCGGGUGCCGCUCUUCCCAGUCUUCGACCUCAGCUACUUCAUCGUCUCCAUCAUUUACCUGAAGUAUGAGCCAGGAGCUGUGGAGCUGUCGCGGCGCCACCCGGUGGCGUCCUGGCUGUGUGCCAUGUUGCACUGUUUCGGGAGUUACAUCCUGGCCGACCUGCUCCUCGGGGAGCCCAUCAUCGACUACUUCAGCAACAGCUCCAGUAUCCUGCUGGCCUCUGCGGUGUGGUACUUGAUUUUCUUCUGUCCCUUGGACCUCUUCUACAAAUGCGUCUGCUUCCUGCCGGUGAAACUCAUCUUUGUGGCUAUGAAGGAGGUGGUGAGGGUCCGAAAGAUUGCCGUGGGCAUCCAUCACGCACACCACCAUUACCACCACGGAUGGUUCAUCAUGAUCGCCACCGGGUGGGUCAAAGGCUCUGGUGUCGCCCUCCUGUCCAACCUGGAGCAGCUGCUUCGAGGAGUCUGGAAGCCAGAGACCAAUGAAAUCCUGCACAUGUCCUUCCCCACCAAGGCCAGCCUGUACGGAGCCGUCCUGUUCACCCUGCAGCAGACCCGCUGGCUCCCCGUGUCCAAGGCCAGCCUCAUCUUCGUCUUCACCAUGUUCAUGGUGUCGUGUAAGGUAAGCAUGUGACCUCCACGCCCCUGAGAUGGGGUGCGGGAACUCGGACACCCCCAGGGUACAGGGUCCACAUGAGAUAGACGGGAGAAAUUCAUUGGGAGGUUGAGGGAUGAGGGCUGAGGAAGAGAAUGGGCCUUGGGGGUGUAGGCUGGGGGUGCUGGUGGCCUGUAUGGGAGGCCAUGGGACAGGGAGCUGGAAGUCACUGUGAGUGUGACCCGUAGGGUCCACUGUAACUGAUCAAACACCCAGAAGGGGCUUGGGCCUUCCCUGUCCUUCCGCAGGGCUGGAGAAUGUUGUCCCUAGCUCCCCAAGCAUAGACGGGCCUGCCUAGGUAUGGUCCAUCCCUGGAGAAGAACAUAGCCUUGGAAAAGGGAUGAGCCCAGAUAUGGAGGCUGAGGCAGGAGGAUCGACAUGAGUUUGAGGCCAGCCUGGGCUAUGUAGUAAGUUCCAGGCUAGCUAGGGUUACAUAGUGACAUUCUAUCUCAUAAGACCAAAACAACACCCCUACCCCACCCCAGGCCCUGUGGGAGGGAAAUGGGCCCAGGAUCAGGAGUUCAAGGUCAUCUUCAGCUACACAGCAAGUUUGGGACCAGCCUGGGCUACAUAAGACCCUGUGUCAAAAUAUAACAC